GGCGGCAAGGGUAGAAGGGCGAUGCGAACGCGAGCGUGUUCAAGACGGACGGCAGCGCGAAUGGAAGAGGAAUAACAAAAAGAGACGGAGCAACCUCGCGCAAAAUUCGGCUAAGUCCCGAUCGCGGGCAGUCGGAAAUUUUCUAAGUCCCAGGACGCACGCUUUUCGCGGGUGCAGUGCGGUCAAGUGUUUGGUGUAUAGUUUUGUGGAAGCUGAUAACCAUCUUUGUGGCAUCAUCAGUGUACAUACAAGUUUCGAUUCCUCUCCGAUUUCAUUCUCUUUCUCUCGGACAUGUGCCCGAGCAUUCUGCAUCGAAGGAAAAAACCGUGCCAACGAUCGAUGCACGCGCAUCCAACAUCAGCCCGGGGUGAUGACGAAGCUAACUGGACAUUUGAUGAAGCCAGCCACGGCGGAUCACGCACGCAUCACGGAUCACGUGAAUGAAAAACGCAGUAAAGUGUCGUGAAAGUGUUAGUGUGCAGAAAACAAAGAAUAAGCACCUACAUUCGGAGUUUACGCUUAAUGUAUCCCCGGCUAUACACUUUGCUCGGUAGCUAUUUAUUUACACACCAAGUGAAUCCAAGUACCUUCGGUUGUCAAAAUUAUUCUUUUUAUUGUUAGCAAGAUGUGUCAAUUAACAAGGUGAAGUCAUCCCGAACAAAAUCGCUGGCGAAGAUUAGAAAAAUGAAUGAAAAAAUCUGACAGGUCGUGUAGUCUUCUGAAAGAUUGUUUUGGUUGAAAUCAGAGAUGCUGUUUUCGAUUUGAGGAGUAAGAAACCUGUUUCAAAGGUUCAAGUUUUCCAAGUUUUUAAGAAUUCUGAUUCUAAAAGUGUAAAAGGUCAAGUUUGCUAUCCCUUCGCGAGACAGCACUGAUGAUUUGGGCGCUACCGGCGGAUGAUGCUCGCUGGAAGCGGUGCCCCACGGAUCCGCGGCCAACAGCCCCACGGAUCCCCGAAAGUGAUCGAUCAGUCGCUCGUUUGUUGAAAACAAUGAGUAUGAAUCAUUUAAACGAGCAAAAGAGAUACUAUAUCUGACAAAAUCAUUGAAAAUUUCCGGAUAUCCUUCGUAUCACCAAACGCUUUUUGUCGAUUUGGUAAACAUGUAUUUGACAGCUGCUGAAGUUCAAUAUGGCGGCGAGUGAAGUGCUAUGACUUCACCUCUUAUAGUUAAAACACUUUGCUCCAUACUGAGAAUCUCGUGUUUGACGUUUUUCUUCGUUCUCACUAUAGCGGCAAGCUCAUAAGCCGUCUUCUCACUAUAGAGGCUGGUCAGCGGGGCUUCUUUGCAAAUAUUGCACUUGGAUACAUCCAUGGACCCCUCGAUGCAGCACGUUGACAACGCACACCACUGCGAUGCCCGUGUCACCAAUUUACGAAGUGGAAUAUGGUGAAGAGUGCGUCUAAAAGGUAAAACAAAAAUCCACAAUUCACAAGAAUUGCGGAAACAGCAAAACAGUAGCGAAAUCUGCUGUGUUGUACAGUGGGUGCAUUGUGUGAUAGCGCGGUGGUCCUUCAUAAAUCGUCUGAUUCAACAACACAAUGCUAAAUUGAGUGUUGUUUUCGUGUGGAGUUCGCCUUGCCUUGCUCGUACAUCCUUCACGGGAAUACCAUUUCUGUAAAUCAAUUACUUGGCGCUGUGAAAAUAAAUGUAAUCGUUUAUAGAAACACUAGCUACAAGCGUAACGUCUCCGUCCUUUUGGAAUCUUUUGAGGAUUCAGUUGUUUGUGUUUUUUUCUUGUUGUAUUGCGGAUUGCUGUGUUUUUAGAAACUGAGCGAAGUUUUCGAGAGAGCAGAGUGAAAAAGAGAAAUUCCGGAGUGUUGCCCACACAAUAGCGCUCUCUUCUUCUACUGUGUCCUCUUUUUCGCAAGGUUCACAAAAGAAACCAAUAGGUGAUGUGUUUUAAAGUGGUUCAAAGUGUGCGAAGACAAAUACUAUAUACUCAAGACCGACCUAAAUUGAAUAGGAAUAUUCCGACAGCUGGAAGCAACACUAUCGUUUCUACCCCUUCUAAGCAACCAAGGAUCGGAAUCGUCUAUCGGAAGUGGUCAAGUUGUCGAAACUCCAAGGAAUCGAAGAAAAGUGGCAACACGAUGGCCCUAGGACGAAAGAAACUCGAUGACAAAAUAUUGAAAACACUGCGGGAGCUGGUCAGCAUUGGCGGCAAUAAAGAAUGCUUCGAUUGUGGCCAGAAAGGCCCAACCUACAUCAACAUGACCAUUGGAUCUUUUGUAUGUACCAGCUGCUCUGGAAUACUAAGAGGACUUACGCCACCUCAUCGAGUAAAAUCAAUAUCAAUGGCCACGUUUACGCAGGAAGAGAUAGAAUUUUUAAAACGUAAUGGCAACGAAAACUGCAGUCGAACUUGGCUUGGCUUGUGGGAUGCAAAGCGAACAAUCAAACAGGAGCAUCGAGACUUCAUGAUUGAUAAAUACGAAAGAAAGCGAUACUAUUUGGAACCUGCUAGUCCACUUAAAUCCUUGCAAACCAACACAUCGAGCUCUUUAUCGUCAUUAACAAUGAAGAAUGUCAAUGAAAACAUGGUUCCUCUCAAGACCCCAACACUGACGCCUCCGACAACUUUACGAUUGCAUCGCAGCAAUUCCAGUUCUUGUAAUGGUUUGAACAAUGCAAUUUCAUCAUCCAUGUCAACUGGUUCCGGACAUGGGAAUGGUCCUGCAGCACAGUUCCAACAGCAGUUCACACCAGAUGAUAGUGACUUCUUCGGCGUGGGAUCACCCAAGAUUCUACCUCCUACUCCGAAAAAGCUCUCGAAUCUGCAUCGUAAAAAUGGCAUAAAAAUUAAAAAACCUGUUAUCGAUCUACCGCCAACUUUUGAGCGCAAUCAGAAAAAUGGAUUGCUAAACACCUCGAUUUCAUCCAAUGGCAAUAGUGCCGGAGAAUACUCAGGCAGCACUGGUGACAUUAAUGCGAACAAGUUUACACCGAAUAGUGAUUUUGUGGCUGAUUUCGGAAGCGCAAGCAUCGUUAAUAAUAUUAUAAAUGACCGAAAUCACUAUGGAAGUAUCAACAGUUUGAAGGACAGCGGAACGGCAGGCGUGGAAAAUGCGAUCGGACAUCCUCAUCAGGGAAAAUCAUCAGAUGGUGAUGUGGAAAAUUUUGCUGAUUUCGAUCAUAAUCCAAUUUUCAACUCUGCAGCAGAAAAUAUGAAAUCAUACUCCAGCUUCAAUAGUAUUGAUAGCAGCACUACGACAAACAGUAUUAGCAGUAUGGCUAGUAUGCAAAGUUUGUCUGCGCCAAAUCCAUUUGUCAGCUUCUAUUCAUUGGACCAGGCAGAGUUCAGUAGAGACAGUUAUGCGGCUAAGUACACAUGCAUGUCGCCAAUGGAUGACAGUAUACAAUCGUCUAGAGAAACGAUCUAUAAAUUUGGACAAAAAUAUAACUUCAAUGACGGCUACAAUAGUCUACACAGCUACAUCAACGAUCAAACAGAUGGCAAAUACCGGGUUAUGAACUCUGGCACCAAUACCAACAAAUUUCACAAGAAUAAGAAUGAUAACAAUAAUAGUAAUAGUGAUAAUAAUAAUAAUAAUAAUAAUAAUAAUAAUAAUAAUAAUAGUAAUAAUAAUAAUAAUCAUAAUCAUAAUAAUAGUGCUGCCACAUUCGAUAACAUCCAAUGGAGUAUUUGGCAACAUUUUCAAAGUAACAGUUCAUCGGGAUGCAAUCGACAAGAAGAGGAGCAGCAGCAACAUAAUGUGAACAAUAAUGUUAUGACUCAGACGAUAACUACGCAACACACCAACAGUCAAAUUAACUUUUGUUCAGAUCAAAAUCGAUGGAGUCUGCCCGUCCCUGCGCUGUACAACACUAGUUCAUCCAGAAGCAAUAACAAUACUUCGGUUAGCUCCGCACCAUCUGUUGAUCGAUAUGCAGCGUUAAAAGAUCUUGAUGAACAAUUCCGGGAGUUUAAGCUUGAUGCAGAUUCUAGUAACAUGGGCACUUUAGCGUCAAAUGGAUUAAAGAAUUUGGACGGCAAAAGCGAUCAUCAUACUCAAUUCAACCCCUUCAAACCGGUCAAUCCCUUCCAGCAGCAGGAACAACAGGAGCAUCGACAAGGGAUGAAUUGGCCUAUAGCCACUGCUAACGGAACAACAACAGACUUACGUUAUCCGUCUACAGCUUCCAGUGAAAACGGAUUUUACGCAACUUCGCCGUUUAUAGGUCUUGCGCAAGGUGGCGACGUAAACACGUACAACGGGAACAUCACAACGGGUGUUACUGGUGUCAUACCUGUCGAUUACCAUACUCUAGCUGCUUAUCACAGGAAUGGAAAUGGCUACUCCGUGGCUAUAUCUAACGGUACAAUGAUGAACAGUCCAAAUAACGUCAAUUCAAGUAUGCAGCAGUUUGUGAGCAGUAUGCCAGCUCAAACUUUUGGAAAUCCUUUCAUGGUUACUGGUACAGGCAAUUCGAACAACCCUUUUUUAUGAGUAGUUUCGAAUAGUGUAAAUAGAUAGUAAGUUAUCUUGUUUAGUUUAGGGUGGUUUGUCUUAAUCCAUGUUACAUUCAAUUUAACGAUACGUUUUAUAUAAAAGGAAACGUUGCUUCUGAAUGAUA